AUGGUUUCCAGGCUGCUCGGCCUUUCGUGGCCUCAGAGGGGAGCCCUCAGGUCUUGCAAGUCUUCCGGGACUUUGACCCGGGCGAGCAUAAAUCUCUGGCAGAGCAUCGCCUUGCUUUGGCAAAUCGAGCUCCCCAGUGAUGUGCUCCCCACUCUUUCGAUAUCUGCAGCUGGCGCUCGAACUUGUGUCCUCAACCAAGCCACGGGAUCUUUGACCUGUUGGGAGGAAGAUGGUGUCAUUGAGGCUCAGGCAUCAGAUGAAGACCCCUUGCUAACUGUGGCUACGGGUACAGGCCACACUUGUAACCUCACAAUGCUGGGAAAGCUGGUGUGCUCCGGAGCAAAUGAUCAUGGGCAGUGCAACGUCCCCUCAGAUUUGGACAGAGUCGUGUCGGUAGCAGUCGGUGACCUUCAUAGCUGCGCCGUCCGCCCUGGUGGCCAGCUCGUAUGUUUCGGAUGGAACGGCUCGGGGCAGUGCGAUGUACCGAAGGAUCUAGGGGCAGUCGUAUCUGUCUCAGCUGGAGCUCAGCACACGUGCGCAGUGACAUCCGAAGGGGGACUGGUAUGUUUCGGAGGGAGUGCUGAGGUUGGAGAGUGCAACAUUCCUUCAGAUCUGGGCCACGUUGUGUCCGUGUUUUGUGCAGGUCUUCACACUUGCGUGCUGGCUGCAGAUCAAAAAUUAAGAUGCUUCGGAUGGAAUGGACAUGGCCAGUGUAAUGUUCCAGCAGAUUUGGGACAAGUUGCAUUCGUUUCAGCGGGUGCGCUGCAUACAUGCACGGUCACCGUUCAUGCGGAGCUAGUGUGCUUCGGCUGGAAUGAGUAUGGACAGUGUGACGUUCCUAAAGACUUGGGGCCCGUGGUCUCCGUCGCAGCUGGAGGUGGGCACACCUGUGCUUUGACUGUCGCAGGCCAACUAGUUUGCUUCGGCCUUGUUGAUGAAGAAAUCAACAGAUGGUCACGUGCUAUGCAGGGGCCUUAA